AAAUGGUACCUAUUGAUGUAAACAUAAUCUAUGUAUAAUCUAUAUUUAAAAAACUAUAGAAAAAUACAAGAAAAAUAAAAAAUUUCAUAACUGAAUGAACAUUUAAACAUUCAAUUGCUAUGGAUGACUUAGCGCGAAAAUUAAUUUCUGGGAGUUGUACUUUUAAAGAUACUCUUCAAAUAUUUGUCAAAAAAUAUGAGGAUAAAACUAUGAUUGAAAGAAUAUGCGAUAACCAGUUACGAGAAGAAACCUGGAAAAUAUUAUUUCAAUAUUUAUCUAAAUCAGAGUAUAAAUCUAUGCAUCUUAAUUGUUUAACUGCAUUGCGUAUACUUAGUCGAGACAAAACUGAUUUAAAUAAAAUCGUUAGCAAAAAAAUGGUAACGUUGUUAUUACAAUUAGCAAAACUGGAUUGUCAGAAUGAUGAAGAACAGGAUCCAUCUACUAACGUUCCGAUAGAAUCUGCUAAAGUACUCUGUAACUUAUUGUAUCAUAGUUUUAAAGUACGAGAAUGUUUGGUAAUAGAAAAGAAUUGUUUGGAAAAUCUGAUUAAUCGGAUCAAUAAGUAUGACUCCAAUUCGUCCCACGAAAUGAAAUUGUUCGAUAUUAAAAUGUUAUUUAUAUUAACUGCAUUAAAUACAUCGGCAAGAAAUACGGUGAAAGAAUUAAAUGGCGAUUCUUAUUUGCUUAAUAUGUUGGAUGAAUUAUUGGAACAAUAUAAAUCUAACGUAUCGUUUUCUAUCAAGAAUGAGGAUAUAAUUUUAAUUUGUGAUAUUUUAAAAGUUUUAUUUAACUUAUAUAUACAUUCUGAAGAUUCAGCGAUAGAAGAGCAAGAAAAGAAUAAAAAAUUAACAACGUCUUUGUAUACAUUUUUAUAUAAUAAAAAUUGGUCAAAUAAUAAUGAUCUUGUAAGCAAUGCUAUCAAUUUAUUAACUGCUAUACCAUUAAACAACUAUAUACAAAUGAUGCAGUCUAGCGAAAGCGACAACGACGACAAUAUUUUAUAUCAGAAUACUGAUGUUACGACAAUAUCAGUCAUACUAGAUUUUUUAGAUAAUAGAUUAAAUUACACAGAAAAUCAAUUAGAGAAUCUUUCUCCAGUUGUUACUGUUCUCAUUAGGCUGGUAAAAGCAGACAAAUCUGUUCGAAAAUAUGUACGAUUACAGGUUUUACCACCAUUAAAAGAUGUAAUGAAACGUCCAGAAGAGGGAACAACAUUAAAAGCUAAAUUGUGUAAACUUUUAACAUCUCCUAUCACCAAGUUACGGGACAUUGUUGCUGAAUUUCUUUUCAUACUUUGCAAGGAAAAUGUCAGCCGUAUGGUAAAGUACACUGGAUAUGGGAACGCAGCAGGCAUGUUUGCAAAUAAAGGAUUAUUAGGUCGUAAUCAAGAAAAGAUAUCCUAUUCUGAAUCUGAAGACAGUGAUACUGAGGAAUAUUUAAAAUACAAAGAACAAAUAAAUCCAGUAACUGGUUGUUAUGAAAAAGCAAAACCAAAUCUUUUAGAUGGUAUGACUGAAGAACAAAAGGAAUACGAAGCGUUACAGCUUGUUAAUCUCGUAGAUCAAUUAACAAGGGGAGGAUUAGUACGACCAUGUCGUAUUGGAGAUGACGGUAAACCGAAACCUAUAGAACAUGUUUUAGAAUUGCAAGAUGAGUUACCAAAACAACAAUAUAGACGAGAAUCAGAUUCAGAUUAAUUAUUUUGAAUUGAGAGAAAGAGAGAAGAGGUGUAAUUAUUAUCAAUGAUGUAUAUUAUCUGUAAUAUCAAGGAAUUUAAUAAAUGUUUCAAAUAAAUAUCAAUUUAAUUUAAUUAUGCAGGGUGUUCAAGGUUUUUUCCUGCCAAACAGUGUCAACGUAUUUUAUGCACAAAAAUAAGAAAAAAAUGUUCGGUAAAAAAUCUUAGACACCCUGUAUAGACGCAUAUACUUAUUAUAGACAUAUUCUAUAAAAAAUAAAAAUACAAUACAAAUAAAAAACAAUAAAUCAAUUAUAUAUCUACAAACAAGAUAUAUAAUGAGAAUAUCAAUUUGGUCGGUUUACUUACUUUAUUGAAAAAAGAACAAAGAACAACGUUUACAAAUUAAACAAUUGGCAGGAAAUAAAAGAUAUAUAUAUAACAUUUUCCAAAAUCACAUGAAAUAUUUUAAACAUUACAAUUUUGGUAAAUUGUGUUUUUUUAAUGUGCUUUUGUGAGCAUCACAAUAUAUUAUUAUUAUUAUUGCAUUGCAGCCUAUGCGCAGAUAAGAAUGUAUGUUUCUCUACAUGGUUUAUGU